GGAAAGCUCAUUGGAUGGGAGCUCUAAACCAAACAAGAGUGCCUGAAUUUGUCUUCUUGGGACUCACUGACAACUGGGUGCUGGAGAUACUGUUUUUCGUGGCAUUCUCAAUCACUUAUACGCUCACCGUUUUGGGGAACAUUCUCAUCAUUAUUACCAUUUUCUUUACUCCACGUCUCCACACCCCCAUGUAUUUCUUCCUGAGCAAUCUGUCCUUAAUUGACAUCUGCCACUCAUCUGUCACCGUGCCUAAGAUGCUGGAGGGUUUGCUUUUAGAGAGAAAGACCAUUUCCUUUGAUAACUGCAUGGCACAGCUUUUCUUCCUACAUCUUUUUGCCUGUGCUGAGAUCUUUCUGUUGACCAUCAUGGCGUAUGAUCGUUACGUAGCUAUCUGCACUCCAUUACACUACCCCAAUGUAAUGAACAUGAGGGUCUGCGUACAACUUGUCUUUGCUCUCUGGUUGGGGGGCACUGUUCACUCACUAGUGCAGACCUUCUUGACCAUUCGUCUGCCCUAUUGUGGCCCCAACAUUAUUGACAGCUAUUUCUGUGAUGUGCCUCCCGUCAUCAAGCUGGCCUGCACAGACACGUACCUCACAGGAAUGCUGAUCGUGUCCAAUAGUGGAACCAUCUCUCUCACUUGUUUCCUGGCUUUAGUGACUUCCUACACAGUCAUCCUGGUUUCUCUUCGAAAGCAGUCAGCUGAUGGACGUCGGAAAGCCCUGUCUACCUGCUCAGCCCACUUCAUGGUGGUCGCUCUUUUCUUUGGGCCAUGUAUUUUCCUCUACACUCGGCCAGACACCAGCUUCUCCAUUGACAAGAUGGUGUCUGUCUUCUACACUGUGGUCACCCCUUUGCUGAAUCCUCUCAUUUAUACCUUGAGGAAUGAGGAGGUAAAAAGUGCCAUGAAGCAGCUCAGGCAGAGACAAGUUUUUUCAUGAA